AUGACGCCCCCCUUGCCCGCUGCCGCCGCCCACCCUUGCUAUUUUGCAACGCUGCACCAUCCUGCUUGUGACGCCUGCUCCUGGCUGUUAGGAAGGUUUCUCUCGGCGGUUGUUGUGACCGCAAGAGCCGGCAGCAUGCUGAAGCGCGGGGAGGUCGUGAAGGACCGGUGGCUCAUCGAGGAGCGGCUGGGGAAGGGCACCUUCUGCGAGCUGCACCGGGCCUCCGACCUGACCGGCAACUCCGAGGGGGCGGCGGUCAAGGUCGAGGUCCAGGGCAUGCAGCGCUCCGUCCUCAAGUGGGAGAACCAAGUGGUGGAAGGCCUCCAGAGCUUGUCCUGCGUGCCGAGGCACUACCUUUUCGGGAAGCACGGAAACAAGGACGUGCUUGUCAUGGAGCUGCUCUCCGGGGAAGACAUGAGCGCGCUCAGGCACCGGCAGCCCAAAGCGAUCCCAGGUUCCCUGGCCAGCCAGCGCCCCGGCGGGCUGCCCCUGGGUGUGUGCUGCGACCUCGCUCUCCAGAUGCUCGAGUGCCUGAAGGGGGUGCACAGCUGCGGCUACCUUCACCGGGACGUGAAGCCGGCGAACUUCGUCCGCCGAAAAAAGAACGGGAAAGAGUUCGUCAUCAUCGACUUCGGCCUGGCAAAGCAGUUCAAGUCCGAGUCGGGUGGGAUGCGGCAGGAAAGAGAAAGGGCAGAGUUCCGAGGCACCAGCAUGUAUGCCUCUCUGGGAGCUCACGAGGAGAGGGAUCAGAGCCGCAAGGACGACCUCGAGAGCCUGCUGUAUGUCUUCCUCGACCUCUACACGGGCAAGCUCCCGUGGGCGGAGCACGCCAGGAGAAAGGAGAAGAAGGAGACGACGGAGAUGAAGAGGCGUUACUUUGACAGCAACUUCACGACCAACGACCUCGUGCGCACACACACCAUCAUGGUGGUGCAGCUGCUGAGGCAGUGCAAGUUUCUCCAAGAGCCCGACUACAAGAUGGUCGAGCAUGCGUUUCGGGACAUCCAGGCGAACCUAACGCAGGGGGAAAAAGACGAGGAGGAGGCGUUUUUGUGGGACACGCCUCCCCCGCCGCCUGGGCCCCCUCCGCCCGAAGACAUCCCGUCGUCCGGGGGCGGCGGGGGGGGUCGCUCAUCGCCGCUGGCCAACAUCCCGUCCCCGCCGCCGCCUCCGUCCCACCCUCGUUCCUUGCCCGCCACG